AUGGACGUUAUGAAAAGCCGACUCGUACUACUUCUGAUGUGCAUCAGUAUCUAUGCCGUUCCGCUUGCGACUGCUGAGGAGCACGUUUGGACAUUUGACGAUGAUGCUGUCGAUUGGACACCGGCGAAUGGCAGCUGGCAAGUAGAAGAAGGCAUCUAUAAACAAACGAUGCGCUGGGGUGAAGCACAAAAGGCGUUGGUUGACGGGGCAGAAUGGACAGACCACACGUUGGAAGCAAGGGUCCGUGUUGAUGACGGACACUGGGGUGGUAUCGUUUUCCGGGCACAAAAUGAAUUUGAGUACUAUGUGUACCUCAUCUGCCCGAAAGAGAACAAGUCUGAGUUGUGGCGGCACCGGCACAGCACUGUUUUUAAAGAUGGGUUUGAAGCACGCGAUGAAAUUGAACACGAUAUUGAACCUAUCGGGCUUACGAUUACGCGCAACGAGUGGUUCACACUCCGCGUCGUCGUUGAAGGCAGUCGCAUCGCAGUUGCUAUUAACGAUAUAGAACAGGGUGUCUUUAUUGAUGACGCGUAUCCCGUUGGGAAAGUUGGGGUCUGGACGUGGGAUACACAAGCCAGUUUUGAUGAUGUUAGUGUGAACGGCUUCGCUACGGCCUCUCUUACUGCAAUUGAACCCAGAGGAAAAUUGGCGGUGUCAUGGGCAGCCUUGAAAAGACAAUAA